AUGGCGUCUUCCAUCAGCAACUCCUCUACCUUCCGCUCGGAGCAUUUCAGCACCUAUAGCUCUGGGAAGCCCUGCUUCGAACCCCUGCUUGACCCACCCCAUGGGAUUUUUGGCACUGGGAGGGCCAGGGAGUCCUAUGGAUACUCAGGCCCUCCCUCCUCGACACAUCCCUCUUCUCUGGGCAGCAGCAAUGUCAUCACCAGUGGGGACAAAUACCAGGUCAUGGCUGAUGUCAGCCAGUUUGAGCCUCAUGACAUUGUGGUGACCAGCUUUAACUACUGCAUUGUCAUCCAGGCAGAGAAGGUUGCAGAAGAUGGCACUGUUUCCAACACCUUCACCCACAAGUGCCAACUCCCACCUGAUAUGGAUCCGCUGUCCAUCAGCUGCUGCCUGAACGAUUCGGGCAAGUUGAUCAUCUCUGCCAAGAGGUUGAUGUCGAUGCCCCCACCGCUCUAUCGCACUGAGGUCCAGCUCUAAGAUGCCCCUCUUUGCCGUGGGCCUUGAGUCUAUGUCACUGUUUACAUUUUGUAACAUAACUACAAAGCAGAG